UGACCCGCCGGAAGCGUGGGGUCGGUUCCGGUGCGGCGGGGGCCGGUGGCGGCGGCGGUUCCCUGAGCCUUGCCACAAAGGAAGAGGAAGCCAUGGUGUGCAUUCCCUGUAUUGUCAUUCCUGUUCUCCUCUGGGUCUACAAGAAGUUCCUGGAGCCCUACAUCUACCCCGUCAUCGCGCCCUUCAUCAAGCGGGUUUGGCCCAAGAAAGCUGUGGAAGAGAGAACAACCACAGGAGGAGGCCAAGGAGCCACCACUGGAAAUCCACGGGCACCUUCAGGCACCAAAAGAGAUCAGGAGGAUGAGCUGGGAAUUUACAGAUUUGAAAGCAAUGGUGUGGCCAAUGGAAUCAGUGCUGGGAGAGCCACGGAGGCUUCCGACAAGAAAACGGAUUAAAGGAGUCAAUCCCUAAGGAUUUCCCUGGUGUCUGCAGUGAACUGGUGAUACUUCCCUCGCCUGGGAGACUUCCUUUUUCUUUGCACAUUUUAGCUGAAUCAAACCCCUCAUCCCUAACAGGAGAAAAAAGGUCCCUUGAGCCACUGAAAUGGCAGCCAGCACAGUUCUUAAUUUAUUCCUUUUCCCCACUGGAAUUACUUCCCAUCCAGGAAUGUAUUUGGUGUGAUUAGGAUUUAGGUUCAAUAAUUUAGGAAUAAGCAGGGAGGCAAAUGUAUUUUAGCAUCACUAACUGCUAGUGCAGCACUUCAGGCUUGCACCUGAAAACCUGUUGCUGUUGUUGACCUGGCUGAAGAACCAUGAAUUGCACUGUGGCAAGAUCAGCAUCCUGGUUCAAUUAUGAAAAAGAGAGAUUUAUUCUUUUUAUUUUCAUGUCAAAUCCAUGGAUCUUAAUGCUGUGCUUAAAAUUAUUAAAAGCAGAGUCUGGAUUUGAGAUGUAAACUUGUUUUUUCCCUAGUAUCUUUUCCCUCUCUCUCCUCCAGAGAAGCAGCAGGGGCAUCACUGUUGCUUUCUAUUUUUCUUUUGCUUUAAAAUGGUGCAGAUCAGUUUAAGGAAAAAAAAACCCCAACACCUAAAAACCCAAGUAAAAUCUCUUUAAAGUGCUUGUGGAAUUAGGAUUGUAAUAAAGCAGGACUUUAUUUAUGAAGAA